AUGGCCGAUAUAAAUGUCGAUAUCCUUGUCAUUGGCGCCGGUCCAACUGGUCUCGGUGCUGCCAAGCGCUUGAACCAGAUCGAUGGUCCGUCCUGGAUGAUUAUCGAUUCAAACGAGAAAGCCGGUGGUCUUGCCUCUACAGAUGUCACCCCUGAGGGAUUUCUCUACGAUGUUGGUGGCCAUGUUAUCUUUUCCCACUACAAAUAUUUCGACGACUGCAUCGACGAGGCAUUGCCCAACGAGGACGACUGGUUCACCCAUCAACGAAUCUCAUAUGUACGCUGCAAGGAGCAGUGGGUCCCGUACCCAUUCCAAAACAACAUCUCUAUGCUGCCAACAGAAGAACAAGUCAAGUGCGUGGAUGGAUUGAUCGAUGCUGCGCUGGCUGCUCGCACCGCUACAGAUAAGCCAAAGGACUUCGACGAGUGGAUCGUCAGAAAUAUUGGUGUUGGAAUCGCAGAUCUCUUCAUGAGACCGUACAACUUCAAGGUCUGGGCUGUUCCCACCACCAAGAUGCAAUGUGCGUGGCUUGGCGAGCGUGUUGCGGCACCAGAUGUCAAGACCGUCGUGAAGAACAUCAUGCUCAACAAGACUGCCGGAAACUGGGGACCUAACGCAACCUUCAGAUUCCCAGCUCGUGAUGGUACCGGUGGUAUCUGGAUCGCGGUAGCCAAGACUAUCCCAAAUGAGAAGAAGCUUUUCGGAGAGCAAGGCGAGGUCUCUAAAGUUAAUGCCGAUGCUCACACUGUGACUUUGGCCAAUGGGAAGACAAUCGGAUACAAGAAGUUGAUUACAACCAUGGCUGUGGACCAACUCGUUGAGCAGAUGGAGGACAAGGAGCUUAUUUCUUUGAGCAAGGGCCUCUUCUACUCUUCUACCCACGUUAUUGGUGUCGGACUGCGAGGUGCUCGCCCAGAAAGAAUCGGCGACAAGUGCUGGCUCUACUUCCCAGAGGAUGACUGCCCAUUCUACAGAGCCACCAUCUUCUCCAAUUACUCUCCAUACAACCAACCGGCCGAUUCCGUCAAGCUCCCAACUCAGUACCUUGCUGAUGGAAGCAAGCCCGAAUCAAGCGAACCUAAGGAAGGCCCCUACUGGUCCAUCAUGCUGGAGGUUUCUGAGUCUUCCAUGAAGCCUGUCGACCGUGCCAAUAUUCUGAAAGACACAAUCCAAGGUCUGAUCAACACAGGCAUGCUCAAGUCCGACGACGAGAUCAUCUCCACCUACCAUCGCCGCUUUGACCACGGAUACCCCACUCCUUCGCUUGAGCGUGAUGGUGUUCUCAAGGAGCUCCUCCCUAAGCUUCAAGCCAUGGACAUCUACUCCAGAGGACGCUUUGGCAGCUGGAAAUACGAGGUUGGUAAUCAGGAUCAGUCGUUUAUGCUUGGAGUCGAAGCCGUUGACCACGUCGUGCAUGGGGCCGUCGAGCUUACCCUCAACUAUCCGGAUCUUGUCAACGGACGCAAGAAUGAUGAGCGUAGACUUGGCAGCACCGCCCUUCUGAAGAGAAAUGCUGAGCCUACUAAGAGCAAUAGUGCAAGAGAGAUUCCUACCAGAGAAAGGGCAUCUUCUAAGGCUUAG